AUGUCGUCGAGACCAACCGGACGAGGAGGAGGGUUCUUCGCGCCGCGCACCGCCGCCGCCGCUGCGGCGCUGGACCUCGCCCAGACCCCGUGGCCCUCGCACGUUCGCGAACCCAUCGACGCGUCCAGGGUGUGCGUCUACGUCGACCCGCUCGACGGCACCAACGAGUUCGCCGCCGGUAACCUCGUCGCGGUGACGUGCCUCCUGGGCGUCGCCGUCGACGGCAGGCCAGCCGCCGGGGUCAUCGGGCAGCCGUUUCACACCAAAACGGCCGGGCGAAUCGUGUGGGGCGGCCGCGGCGUGGGGGUCCGAGGGUUGGAGGACAUCGGCGACGCGCGGAGGGUGUGGAACGCGGGGCUCGGCGGGGGUGGUGACUCACCGGGUAUAAACUCGUCCGAUGCGGCUUCAUCUCGGUUCGGCGGGUUCACCGUGUGUGUUAAUCGCGUGACCCGCGACGACAGGAUCGACGCGGUGCUCGACGCGACGAACGCGACGAUCGGCGAGAAGGUUUCGGCGACCGGGUACCACUUCCUGAGGGUUCUGGAGGGCGCCGCGCACUGCGGCGUGCUUCUCAGAGCCGGGACCAAAAAGUGGGACACGUGCGGCGGUGAGGCGCUCCUCCGGGAGGCGGGCGGCGUCGUCUCCGACGCGGCGGGACGGCGGUACGAUUACUCCCACUCUCACGCGGGUGCGAUGAACCCGAGCGGGUUGGUCAUC